GAAGCAAUUGUGAUAUUAAUUUGUUAGUUAUAUCAUCAGUGUAUUAAGCAUUUCAUGUUUUUAGAACAUAGUGUCCGAAAUAUGAUUCAGAACGGUAGUUGAUUUUUAGUUUUGAGCGCAUUCGAGAAAAUAAGCUGCAGAGGAGUUUUUUCCUCGGCCAUUGCAAUUCGAACAAUAUGAGUAUCAAAAGAAAGGGCUUGAUUUCCAGUAUAGUUAGUGGUUUCAUCAUUUGCCCCACGGAUUUAUUUUAGUCUCAUUAAUGCUCCAGAUUAAUGAAGGAAGGGGUGUGAUAACUGAUAGCUGCUACUUGCCUAAUUAUUUUUUAUCUUUUAGUACAUUACCUGUAUUAUUAUGAUGUUUUGGCACAAUCAUGGAUUCAGAAUGUCAUGUUUUUCGUUAAUUCAUACGUUGAAAGUUGAAAUACAAUCUACAACCAGAUAUUGACCGCAAUUUGUAGGCAGCUAGUGAAAAACAAAGUUUGGAAAAAAACAUCUCUCCAGUCAAUAGUGAUUAUGAAAUCAAGAAAAAAUAAAUUUUCCAUCUCGGGCGAUUUAACUUGAUCGCAAAUACGGCACAACAAAACUCUCACUUUCAAUGUACUUCAACGGCAGAGUCCCGUCCAGAAUCUUAAUCGGACGCAUCGACCAUCGCCAUGCAAUGCCCCUCCCCGGUGAAAUUCGCUUCCAAUGGUCACACCACUCGAUCCAUCAUUCGAUCCACGUAGCUUCCGCUAGUAGAUUUCCCCGCUUAUCAGACGCGUUUGUUGGGGGGAUUGGUGGAGCGACUCAACAAAAAUUAACCGAUGCCUACCGCCAUAAUCGGUGUGAAGUGCGAUAGUUUUUUUUUUGGCACGGAACAUAAUUGUUUGGGGAUUGGAACUAAAACACGAAAGCUAUCGCUUGCCAGUAAAUUCCACUGGUGGGACACGAUCAUGACGAAAUGUUAUCACUGCGCUGUAAUCCAGCGCUUCGGUCGCGGUUCGCUGUUUGUCCCCAUUGUGAUAUAAAAUCCAAUGUAGGGAAUACCAAACAAUUCAUAUUGAUUUUACUUAUCGUUCGGUACACAUCCACUGAGCAGAGGAGGUUGCAUUUCCGCGGUUUUAUCUUGGCUCAGGUUAUAGUAGUUUUAUUGGAGAAAUGCGCUCCUCCGCUGUGUUGAUCCUGUCGGCAGCCGUCAUCGUGGGGAUGGCGGCCGCUCAGCAGCAGCCCCGCUCGGCAGCGGAUGUUGCCGUGGACAUUUACAAGAGUUGUUUGAGUGAUGUAAACAUGAAGUGCGUUAAGUCGAAAGCACUCUCCUGGCUGAGUAAAGUUGCCGAACAGGACGCGAUCAGGAUUACCGACACUUUGACCAUUAUUCGCACCGAUGUGGAUGAUGAGGAGGCCCCAGAAGUGAAGGAACAACAACGAAGCAAUAAGGCUGUCUAUCUGUUGAAUAAAAUCGAUAGCUUCCUAUCUACACACGCACUGAGGAUGGAGGCUCCGGAAGUGCUUCAAUCGGAAGAGGCUCGAGCUUACAUCCCAAACUCUCUGUUGAAGGGAGGACUCGCCGAAAAAUUGGUUAUUCCACUAGUGGAAGGAAAUGCGGUUGAAGGUCGUGGCUUUGUGAAGAAAGUCAUGAUUCCCUUCCUGCUCGGAAUUAAGUUCAAAUCGACCGUGCUGGUUCCGCUGGCUCUCGCUCUGAUCGCUCUCAAAACCUGGAAGGCGAUGACUCUGGGCUUGCUCUCGAUGGUACUUUCCGGAGCGCUGGCUAUAUUCAAGUUCGCCAAGCCAAAGAUCGUGAACUACGAAGUGGUGCACUAUCCACCAGCACAUGCCCACCAUGUGGACCAUCAUGUCGACCAUCAUGUCGACCAUCACCAUCUCGCCCAUCCACACGUGCACUGGGAACCACCAACUGGAUGGAAAAAGCGCUCGCUGGGUGAUGCCCAGGAGCAGGCUUACGCGGGUCACCAGUAAGCAGGAGAGAACAGCUACCUGAAUGAAUCCAAAGUUUUAAUUUAUUUAUUUAUGAUUGCGAACGUUGAA